AUGGUUCUGAAGACCGAGCUCUGUCGUUUCAGUGGCGCCAAGAUUUACCCCGGAAAGGGAAUCAGAUUCAUCCGCUCUGAUUCUCAGGUCUUCCUCUUCGCCAACUCCAAAUGCAAGAGGUACUUCCACAACCGCCUCAAGCCCUCCAAGCUCACAUGGACCGCCAUGUACCGUAAGCAACACAAGAAGGACAUUGCUGCUGAGGCUGUGAAGAAGAAGCGACGCUCAAACAAAAAGCCUUAUUCGAGGUCCAUUGUUGGUGCCACAUUGGAAGUUAUUCAGAAGCGAAGGACAGAGAAGCCCGAGGUCCGUGACGCCGCCCGUGAGGCCGCUCUCCGUGAAAUCAAGGAGAGGAUUAAGAAGACUAAGGAUGAGAAGAAGGCAAAGAAGGCUGAAUUGGUGUCCAAGUCAAAGGGUCAGUCCAAGGGCAAUGUGCCCAAGGCUGCUGCUCCCAAAGCCCCUAAGCUUGGAGGUGGUGGUGGAAAGCGAUAA